AGGGGCGGCUUGACUACAUCGCAGUCAAACUCCAGCCGAUGAAAGCAUGCACAACCUUUUACCAAACCAUUAAGUUUACUGAACUGCUGAAAAUGUGGGCACUGGAAAAACCAGGACUAUCUCGUGCGUCUUGAAACCGAACUCUGCAUUAACACAAAUACUACCAGAGUAUUCAUCGGCAUCUGAGGCAAACCCCAAAAUGUUGAAAAUGUUGGCAAUCCUGGAGCAAUGGGACCUCUCUGGCUAUCACACAGACAACUACAGCAGCUAUUGUUUACUUUUGCUCUUCAAGUUGGGAUUAGACAUGGUGGUCUUCUUUCUAUGCAGCCCAAAGAAGUACACCUACUUUCUAAGCAUGUGCAGCAUGUCCAUUACACUGGCUGACUCGGUUUUUACAUUUUUAAUGGUGACCACAUGGUUUCUUGGAACUGAGAGGUCUUUUGUGUCCCCCUGCACCCUCUUGGCUAAAGCAUCUGCGAUAUAUAGUGUGCUGCCACUGCCUAUGAUGUGCCUGGGUUUACUUUUUUACUGCUUGGACAAUACUCAUGCGAGCAGAUGCGCUACAUUCCUGAAAUCCCUCAGAAACAUAUGCUCUACUUUACUGGUGUGGACGGUGGCGAUCAUUUUCUCGGUUAGCUUCGUCAACACUGAACCAGUGGAAAUGGAAUAUGAAACUGGGAAACACGCAUUGGUGUGUGAGGUACAAGAGUCGAUGGUGGUGGGCACCAUUACAUCGUUACUUUUCAUUGCAACAAUAUUUGCCCUGCUGCCAUUCUGCUCCGGAAUUUUCCACUGGAUGAAAGAGGCUGACCAAUUACAAGAGGCAAGGCAGGAACAAACAAACAAAAGCGACCUGUUUUCUACUUCUGCAGGAACACAAACCACUGAUGGGAGGAACAAUGGAAAGAAUUACCAGAAGGAAAUUAUUUGGUCACGGCCGCCUCUGUGGAUCAGCCUAACCCUAGCCUUCUGUACAUUUUGGAUGCCCUAUCUGGUCGUGUCUGUCACGUGUCAGCUCUGCGGUUUCCCGGUACCUGCCUACAUUUCUGUUAACCUUCUGUGGUUGGAAUGCACCAACAGUCUGACGACAGGUGUAGUGUUCUGGGUAAGGAGCAAAACAACAGGGCCAUACAACAAUCUACCAGAAAAUGUCUGCCUGUGGCACAUUUACUGGCACCUUAGCAAAGGAACUCAACAGGUGAUAAUGCCUCUACCUGUUUUCAAUCCGUUGAAAGACAAGGAACAAACUCUGUCCCUUGUGUAAAGAAAUACAGAAUAAAUGUUUGUCAUUACAGAGCAACGGCUUCCACUGAAUACACUCAAUGUUCUUUGCGUACUGACGUAAAUUGAUUUCUUUUCAAGGGUGUAGGAAGUUUUACUGGAGGACCAAACUGCCAGUUGCACAGCAAAGAAGCAUAAACUCAUGUAAACAAAGGGGAUCACAAUCAACUGUACCUGUUAAUUUACAUAAAAUGUAAAGGAACUGCUGCCAUUGUUACCUGUUUACAACCAUUUUAAACUUUUUUAUUCUUUGGUAUUUUAACAAAUCAUUGUUUUUACCUUGUAGAAAAUAAAUAUAUACAAAGUGGUGUGAGUUU